AUGCCUGCUGAGCGUAACACCCAUGCCAGAAACAACAAUGAAACUUCUAAUCUGGAUCUGCGCCAUCGCCCUCUGGCUCCUAGGCACAACAAUUCUCCAAUGGCUGGUCCCCAGAGAGAGGCAACCCCUUACCCUUCCCACCUCCAAACUCUAGAAGAACGUUUCACAGCUGGAGUAAUAGAGAUGCCAGCUCCUAGGUGUCUCAUCUUGAGCUUCCCUUCUCAACAGGAGUCUGAUGACUCUUCCCUAGAGUUCCUUGAUGAAGGCGGUUUCCGACCCCCUGACUCAUCCAACAGUGACGCCGUGGUCUUACACCAAUUUCCUGGACCCCUGGACGUUUCUCAGGAAUCAGAAGCUACCACUGGAUCUUACCACGUUGCCCCUGCACAGGUUUUUCCAUCCUCAUCACCAAUGAAUAUCUUGUCUUCUCCCAACCCUGACAGCCCUCUCGCUGCAUCCACCAACUCACCCACAGACGUCAGCGAAUAUAUCACCACAUCAGAAGGGCACAGCAGCGAUCCUCAGGAAUUUGUAGUCUACAGCGAUGACAUCAUCCAGCGACCCUCCAACAAUGUCACCCGAUACUGGCAAUCCCUUCCAUUCGACGCCGCUACCCCUGUUCAAGAUGUCGAUCCCUUGGAGCGUGUAUUGCCCUACUUUCCUGGAGCAUACACUACCACCAUCACCUGGCCUCCUAUGGGUGUUCCCAUUGAUGGGAAUCCGGCGUUUGGACUACGACGAGUAUCGACAACCCUGGCUGAUAUACUUUGA